AUGGCGAACCAGUUGGUAAACCUUCGGAAGGUUUCCAACUUUCGAGAUGUUGGCUACAUCGUCAACACGUUUCUAGGCGAGAGACGUGUUAAGGAAGGCUUGGUGUUCCGCUCCGCUAGACUAGACGAAGCAACUGCCCAGGAUAAAAAGAUUAUGACUGGCGACCUGGGCAUCAAAACUGUCAUAGAUCUGCGCACUGACACGGAGCACCUGAGGGAAGCAGAGAAGCACAAGGCUCAGCUAGAGGCUCAUUACCGGUCGCUCAGCGAUGGUCCAGACCCCAUCCAGAUCCCCGGUGUGGAAUACCACAAGAUCAAAAUUGCAGGGCGCCAGCUCGAGAGACAUCUGGUGCGCCAGUUGUCCUGGUGGGGGUUCUUUAACUGCGUCGGUUUGUAUGCGACUGGAUAUCGCAUGGAAGCCAUCAGUGUCAUCGGCCGAGAGGUGAUGUUACCCAAGGGACUCCUAGGCCUUGGCUUGGAUACGCUGGACCAAUCUGGUUACGAGAUAUGCGAAGUUCUAUCCUUGUAUGCGACACAGAGUACAUUACCGAGCGUGGUUCAUUGUACACACGGCAAGGACCGUACAGGACUCAUCGCAGCUUUGGUGCUGCUGAUACUGGGUAUUCCGAUUGAAGCCAUCGAAUAUGACUACUUUCUCACGGAUGAGGCAAUUGCUCACGAGCGAGAAGUGAGGCUGGCUGAGAUAGGGGAAAUAGGACUCACCGAGGAAUGGGCGGGAACCGACAAGAAUAUGAUCUCAGGGAUCAUCAGGCAUCUAGAUCAGCAAUACGGCGGAUUGAACGGAUAUCUCGAUUUCAUUGGGUUUGAGGAGGACGAGAGAGCGGCACUCCGACGCAAUCUUCUGUACCCAGCGAGGGCAUGA